GGGGGGGGGUGCCAGUGUUGCCCCUCCCCCUCCCCAGAUGAUGCUUUCAGAGUUGUGUAUGUGUCCCCCCCAACCCAUCGCUGCUUCCCUGCUCCUCCCCCUCCCCCUUCCUCCUCCUCAGCAUCCAUGGCGUCUCUCACUGAAUCUAUAAUGUCUGAACUAGCAGAUGGCACCGCAUGCUUCGAAUUUGUCGAUACAACAGAUAAUUCAGCAUUCAGUCUUCCAUUUGCUUCCAUCUCAUCCGCUUUCUCGGGCUUGCGACCAAAACAAUCGCUCCCUUUUGCUAGAAUUGCCAGAGGAGGGCAAGCUCGACAGGGUACGUCCCAGGCGCUGAAGAAGGUGGAGCAUUUCACCGUUCGGAGAAUCGUCGGAGACGGGCGAUGCAUGUUUCGAGCUCUUGUACAGGGAAUGGCUCUGAACAAGGGCAUGAACCUGAACUCUACAGAGGAAGAACAAGAAGCAGAUCAGCUUCGAUUCGCAGUUAUGGAUGCAAUAUGUAGAAGCGAUAAACGAAGGACCUUAUAUGAAGAAGCCCUGAUAGCCAUAACAGUUGAAGAAUCGUUGAAGCGAUACUGCCAAAGGAUCCCUAAUUCAAGUUUCUGGGGUGGUGAAUCAGAACUGCUUGUAUUGUCAAGAAUGUGUUCGCAACCUGUAAUUGUGUACAUUCCCGAGUCAGAGGCAAAACAGGCUGCUAGGUGGGGCACAGGCUACAUUCCGAUAGCUGAAUAUGGUUCCGAAUAUACCAAGCCAGGAAAAGACAGGAAAGCACGUAAACCUGUAAGGCUACUGUACAAUGGCAGCAACCACUAUGAUCUUCUUAUUUGAGCACAAGCUGUACCGUUCUUACCUUUUUGCUGAAGCGACAGAUGCACGCAGAUGGCCUACUUGAAACACUGAAACUACUCACCGUAUAUGCGAAAUAGAUUUUUUUUUGCGUGUUCAUCGUGAGUUUAUCAUUUAAUUCAAGGUAACAUAGUGGGUUGAAAAAUUAUUAGCUAGAUAUUUGGUUUGUGACAUGAGUGAUGCUUCACAUCAAAGGAAGAUGAAUCAUAUGUUUGAGUCAAUGGGCAGACUUGAUAUGAUGUCCAGUAUUCAAUGAUUGUGUUCAUGAUUUUCUUCA